CCCAUUUAUGCCGGUGGCUGUAAGUGCAGCUGAACAGAGAGAGACAGACAGUUGAAUAAGAGAUAGAGCAAGAGGCCUCGUGUGUUUUACGUCUUGUGAUCUGUUAAAAGUCAGCAACAUCACGACAUAUGUGAAAAAAGAACAGUUUCUCCUUCACUCAUUUUUUUUCCCUUCUUAACACCAGGAUUGUGCUUCACAUCUGAAGUUAUUUUUGACUCAUCACCUGUUGAAGAAGCAGAGAAUGUUGCUAAGGUUGAUCUAGCAGCUAGAGUCUGUCCUGAAUGUGUUCAACAGCCAACUAUGUUCUCCCUCUGAGGAGAACCUGUGAGGUAUUAGCUACUCCAGGCAGGCUGUGUGGGGGAGUGUCUAUGUCAGCUAAUUUCCCUGGAGCCAGGUCUCAUGGAGCUCCUCAGGACACAGAGAUGGAUGUGGCUUGGCAGGAACUGAUGGCCAUCACAGAAAUGCAGGAGUUUCAAGCCCCCAGUGAAGGCUCCUAUGAAACAACACAGUACCAAACUAUGGAGCCCAUGGUCCCUAUGGGAGGAUAUGGGAUGGCCCAGUCCCAUUCCGAGCCGCCUCCUGCUGCUUGUGAGCUCGGCCCUGCUGACACUUAUGAUGGAUGUUAUUCUGAAGAGGUGCCCUCCUGUCAUCGUCUCAGAAGCCAUUCAGAGGCAAUGUAUGGACCUGAACCUCUGCACAAUCAAAGAAUGAUCCCCAUCUCUUCCUACACACAGACCUCGCACAUGGCUCCUAGAGAACCAAUGAACAUGUCAGGUAGCAGUCAAGGGCACAGGAGGGCAAACACUUCUCUCUCUCGGGAUCUCCGUCGGCACAUGUUUUGGACUACACAUGGACAAAGUUUGCACGCCCGUUCAGCUGAUGAUCUUGAGUCGGACUCAGGUCUGUCUCUGGGCUCUAGUCCACCUUUGGCUUCCCCAGAUAAUCCCGUUGGGGGUGCAUCAGGUUACCAGAGUGUUGACAUAGGGAUGACAUAUAGUGAUGUUGAAGCAGACAGUGUGGCUGAACAUGCCAGAAGAGCACACAUCCAUUACCCAAUGGACUACCAGAACCAAUCUCAUUCAUAUUUACAAUCAGGUGAUCAGUCUUAUUUCUCAACCCAACCCACUCUCUCUCUUACACAAGGUAAUGCUCCAAUUCCACAGCCAGUAAAACAGCAGGGAGAGGCCUCUUCACUGAAUAAUCUGUACAUAGACUCUGGAGUGUCCAGCAGAGGGAGCUCCCAACAUAACAUGUACAGAAAACCACAGGGAAGUAUCUCCACUCCUGCACCACUGAGCAGAGAUGAGCGGCGGGCUAUGUCCUUAAAGAUCCCCUUCCCCAUGGCGAAGAUCAUCAAUCUACCUGUGGAUGACUUCAAUGAGCUCCUAACACAUUAUACCCUCACAGAAAGUCAACUAGCACUAGUCAGAGAUAUUAGACGAAGGGGGAAGAACAAGGUAGCUGCUCAGAACUGCAGGAAAAGGAAGCUUCAGAGCAUAAUUCACCUUGAAAGAGAACUGAACCAGCUGCAUGGUCAGAGAGAGCGACUGGCACAGGAGAGGCACGAGUUCCAGCGGAGCUUGGCUUUUAUUAAAUGUCGCCUUACAGACCUUUAUUCAGAGGUGUUUUCUCACUUGAGAGACGAAAAUGGACAACCAUACUCAGUAGAUGACUACACCCUACAACAGACACCUGAUGGAAAAAUGUAUCUGGUACCUCACACCAACAUGCAGCAAAGAGAGCAAUGCUAAGGCACUGGGGAUUGAUUAUUCUAUUAAUACCCUUACAGUAUACUGCCCUAUUGUGCAGAUUUAAAAGUAUACAAACUGACUGGAGGUCACAAAAAAGAUUAUACAAAACAUGCCAUAUAUGCAUCACUGUACACUUCAUGCUCUUACAUAUGACUAAAACAACACAGGUGUCUUAUAAAAAUACUUUAUUUAAAAACACUGCACAGCAGUCUUCAGUGUAAAAAAAACAAGUCUCCAGCAUGAUUAUUCAGGAAGCCUGUGAAGAACAAAUCAAAGAUAAAUAUGCAAGCAUUAAAAAUAGUAAUGUGCAAGAUUCUGAUGAAUGACUGAUUUGUACCUGAAUUGAGCCAUUGUCACAGAAAUGGAAUCUGGUUUUGGACACCAUGUUGAGUUUCCUAUAAAGCAGAAAUAUCAAUUAAGUAUAACAAUCUGUCAACCAAAGAAAAAAAAUUAUUAAUUUUGUUCACAGCAUGCAUAUUUGUACGGCCUCUUUGCACAAUUAGAAGGCCACGUUAUUGGUGAAGUCAUAAUAAAGUUUUUUUUGCACAAAUAUAUUGUCAUUACUGGGCUACGUAACUUACUACCGGCUACACAAUAGCAAUACAUACUAUCAGUAGUUGAGAAGUCUGGUCUUACCUACAGACAGCACUUAUGCCUUUUGGUAGCUGCUGCAUGCUAGCCUCAGGCUUCUGUUCUCACUCUCCCCUGCUUCAAUGAUCCUGGCGAUGGUUUUGCUACUUCUCUCCCUCAGCUGGCUUCCAUGACUAGCCUCAAAGACUUUGCAUGUAAGCUAGCAUCCUCCAGUUGAUCUUUGCAGAACUCAGGGUAGUCUGUACCAGGUGAUGGGCUCUUUAUGAUGAAGUAUUGUGUGCACCACCUCUCAUUCCUCAACCACAAUUGUAGAUGUUCCCUUCACAUUGACUUAUGGUGUAUGUAGUUACUAUUGCAGGUCUUCUCACAUCACAUGGAUAUUUCUUGGCUCCUCACAUAUGCAAAUGAUGUCCCUCAUCCCACAGUGUACAGUAAUAGUCAACCCUCCCUUUCCCAGACCACUGAAGAGGCUAACAACACGUUGUAAAAAAACUGAAAGAUGCUUUAUUUCAGCUUGAUUUGAUGCAGAUACAAAUAAAACCAGACUCAAAGAAAAAGAAAUCUACAUAAAAUCUCAUUGGAAUGCUUGCUUUCCAGAUA